AUGGGCGGCAUCAACUACUAUAAUCAUACUCCUGGAACUGGUGGACACAGCACAGCACCAGUCGCAAACGCAGUACCAACCGCAGAGGCAGUACCCCAAGGCACAACUAUUGACAAUACUGAACCCGAGAUAAUCCGCCCCAACGUCCCACCUCUCGCACGAAGGCUCCUUGAAGACCGGAACGACUUCAACGUCGACCACGAAACGCAACUCAAGCGCUGGAUGCACGCCCAUAAAGUCCGAAUAAUGGGUCCCCACAGAACGUCCUUCGACAAGCUCCUGGAGGGCUUUGGGUACAGACAUCCCGGCUUGUCACCCGACCAAAUGAGAGAGCAUUGCGCCAUAUCACCAUGGACAAAAUGGGGACUUGUUUUCGCCAAAUGCAGAGAAAGGGUGCGGCGUGGGAAGAGCCAGAUCCGUUGCGGCCGAUUCAAAAACUAGUGAGGUAUGCGGAUUGGUGUGUGACAUGGAACGAUCCAAAGUGGGACGGACGUGUGGAGAAGCCUGCCGGGUGGGAUGGAAAUGGGGAGAAGCGUGUGGGGGGGAAUGAAAAUGUGGAGAGGCCUGCCGGGUGGGUUGUGAUUGUAAAGACAGUUGGAUGGGCGAAUUCGCCAGAACAUAGCGUUGCUAAUGAAGACGAAAGCGAAGAUGAGCAUGCGAGCGAGAGAAAGGACAUCGACAUAGAAGAAACCCAAAAGAGGGAUGAUUGA